CCAAGCCCAAAGAUUGAAGGUUGUUGGUUGUUCGGAGUAGUUAAACGGCUAAACCAAAUGAAGAACAGCAAACCCUAUUUGCAAUUAUCGCCAAGCAUUUGUUCACUACCUAAACCAACUGCUGGCGGAUUCUCCAACAAACCCAAAUUAAACCAGCAAACAAAACUCUCUUUGUCAAGUCCUUCUCUUCCUCUGAUAACCCAAAGUUGCAGACUUUUAAAUCUUUCACAUUUUCAGAAGGGGAGAGCAAGAAAGAGAUCAGCUGAGCUGACACACAGAUAUGGCAAGCAUUGCUGGUUCUUGUUCUUCCAGUGUUCUGUUUAGAAGCCGAGAUAUAGGUGGCAAUGGAGCUUCUCUGCCUCACUACAAUGGACUUAGACCACUGGAUAAUAUGCAAAUGACUUCCCUUAGAACUAAGUCAAGUGGGUUCAUUUCUACUUCAGCUCCAAAAUCCAGAAGAGUAAGAGCCAUGGCUUCUCCAAAUGUUUUAGCUCCCCAGCGAGAAAAAGAUCCCAAGAAACGAGUUGUCAUAACAGGAAUGGGGCUAGUCUCAGUUUUUGGUAGUGACGUUGAUACAUUCUAUAACAAACUACUUGAGGGAGAGAGUGGGAUUAGCCUAAUAGAUAGGUUUGAUGCUUCUACUUUCUCUGUCCGCUUGGCGGGUCAGAUUCGUGAUUUUUCUUCGAAAGGGUACAUUGAUGGGAAAAAUGAUCGCCGUCUUGAUGAUUGCUGGAGGUACUGUCUAGUUGCUGGUAAGAGGGCCCUUGAUGAUGCCAACCUUGGCUCUGGUGUGCUUGACAAAAUGGACAAAACAAGAAUUGGAGUGCUGGUAGGAACUGGGAUGGGAGGUUUAACAGCUUUUAGUAAUGGAGUUGAAGCUCUUAUCCAAAAGGGAUAUAAGAAGAUAACUCCAUUUUUCAUUCCUUACUCUAUAACCAAUAUGGGUUCAGCAUUGUUAGCUAUUGAUACUGGCUUAAUGGGACCUAAUUACUCCAUUUCAACUGCUUGCGCAACUGCAAAUUACUGCUUCUAUGCAGCUGCUAAUCACAUUAGAAGAGGCGAAGCAGACGUUAUGGUGGCUGGGGGCACUGAGGCUGCUAUCAUGCCUACUGGUGUCGGUGGUUUUAUAGCUUGCAGAGCAUUGUCUCAAAGAAACGAAGACCCCAAGAAAGCUUCAAGACCUUGGGACAAGGAUCGCGAUGGUUUUGUCAUGGGAGAAGGUGCUGGGGUACUGAUUAUGGAGAGCUUGGAUCAUGCAAUGAAAAGAGGAGCCAAUAUAAUUGCAGAAUAUUUAGGAGGCGCUGUAACUUGUGAUGCUCAUCACAUGACUGAUCCUCGGUCUGAUGGACUAGGAGUUUCAACUUGCAUAAUCAAGAGCUUAGAGGAUGCCAAAGUUUCCCCUGAGGAGGUGAACUAUGUUAAUGCUCAUGCAACCUCAACACUUGCAGGGGAUUUGGCUGAAGUUAAUGCCAUCAAGAAAGUCUUUAAGGACACAUCAGAGAUAAAGAUGAAUGGCACUAAGUCAAUGAUUGGACAUGGGCUCGGUGCUGCGGGUGGACUAGAAGCCAUAGCAACCAUAAAAGCAAUCACCACAGGAUGGCUGCAUCCAACUAUCAAUCAAGAUAACUUAGAACCUGAUGUCACAAUUGACACUGUUCCCAACAUGAAGAAGCAGCAUGAAGUCAAUGUUGCUAUCUCAAAUUCAUUUGGCUUUGGUGGGCACAAUUCAGUGGUGGUUUUUGCUCCAUUCGCACCUUAAUAAAAAUUCAAGCCAAACAGUAAUUCUUCUUUCAUCUUUCCAUUGAUUUUUGGUUUCAAACUUGGGUCAAGUUUCAUAGGGAUAGAUUUGAUAUCAGAAGCAUUCAUGAUUUUUGCUGUGAUGAGUACCAAAGAUUGUGCGGCCCAUUCGAUAUCUUGUAACUCGUGUAAUAAAAUUGGAUUUGGUGUUUCUUAAUAAGCGAAUAAAAGCAUUCAUGUUGUCUC